AUGAUGCAAGUUGGAACAAAUCAAUCAGCUACUUAUCAUAGUCAACCAGCACUAUCUUCAUCAGGUGGACAAACAGGUCGUUCAUCAUCAACAUCUCGUCAACAACAACAACAACAACAACAACCACAAUAUGAUAAUGAACAAUUAGCAAAUAUUCGACCACGCAUAUGUAUUUUACGUAAAUGGCCACAUUAUGAUGGUUAUGGUGUUCAUUUAGCACGUAAUCAACAUUGGCUUGGUUUACGUAUUGGUGAUGUUGAACCAAAUAGUCCAGCUGAAAGUGGUGGUCUUUUACGUGAAGAUGUUGUUCUUGCUGUAAACGGUCAUUCAGUUGAAAAUGAUGAUUUUUUUGCUAUACUCUCAUUUAUUCAACAUGAACUUGAAGCUGAUCAAAUUCGUUUUCUUGUACUUGAUCCUCAGAAUGCAGAUUUAGCUCGACAUAAUAAUUUACAUAUCGAUGAAAAUCAUCGAGCAUGUGUUCGAAUGGAAACACCAACAUUAACUGUAAGUCCAGAAAAAGUUUUAUAUGAUCAAUGGCGUGCAACAAAUAAUGUUGAUCCAACAGCAGCACAAAAUACAGUUCAUCUUGGACCAACACUAUCAUUAAAUCAAAAUCAAAAUAUUCCAAAUACUCAACGAAAUCAACAAAGAUCUUCAAAUGAUAGAAAUGAUGAUGUUUAUACAUUCUUACCAUAUUCAGAUCGUGCACUUGAGAACGGCAAAUCAUUUUUUGAAAUACUCUUCGAACAAAAUGAUCAUCCAUCAUCAAAACAAGACAAAGACCAACGGGAAGGUGACCAAGAAAAUGAACAACAACAACAACAACAUCCACGUCAUACUACAUAUGAUCCAUCUAAUAAGCAUUUUACCGGUGAUAAUGAUAAUAGUGGAGAUCAUAAAGACAAAACCCAUGGUAGUCAAAUCAAAGAUGGUAUUAAAAAUAUCGCUAAAGCAGGCAUUGACAAUCUUAAAUCUAUUUUACCGACAAAAACUCACGAUGAUAAUGAUUCUAAACAUAAACCUAGUAGCGGAUCAAUAGAUCAUUCUUCUAGUAGGGAUGAUUCUCCAACAUUUAUUGACAAAGUUAAAGAUAAAUUGAAACCAUCAGCACACAGUCCUACAAAUACACCGAAACAACAAAAACAAUCACAGCCAUAUGAAAAUAUGUGGCAAUCAUCAUCUCAGUCACCGCAGCAGGACACAAAUAACAAUUUAAGCGAUGAACAACCACGUUUGUGUUCAUUACAUCUUCGAUCUGGCGAUACAAUUGGAAUAUCAUUACAACCUGAUAAUGAUUUUAGUCAUAUUAUAAAACAAGUUGAACCAAAUUCUCCAGCUGGUCGUGCUGGUAUUGAAAAAGAUGAUUGUAUUAUAACACUUAAUGAUAUACCACUUCUUCGUGUUUCAUACGAAGAAGUUUUAAAUACUCUUAAAAAAUCUCGUGAUGAACCAGAUCUUGAUUUUCUUGUUGCAAAAAAAUCUUAUCUACUUAAAUCACGUAAAGAUAAAACAGCUGUAGGUGAAGUUUUACCAUCAUCAAAUUUACCGGACAGAAAUAGUUCAUCAACUAUACCACCAGCACAAGCAUUGGAACAACUUUAUGAUAAAUAUAAUAAGGACAAGAAACCAUCAUUUGAUGAACAAACAAAUUCGAAUAAAUCAAGAGAAACAGUUUCGACAUCAACACCAAAUAAUCGAUAUGAUCCAAAUUCAUCAGAUUCAGAUAAUAAUCGAUAUCCAUCAAAACCACAACAAGGACAAAUUUUACAUGGUGUUGGACCAGCUACAGCUGAUCAAUCAUCAUGGGGUGGAAAGUCAAGUGAUGAUUUUCGUGUACCAGCUAGUGGUGAUUCAUCAACUCGUUCAACUUCACGAGAUCGACGACCAGAUGCUGAUGAUAUCAAAGGACGUAAUAGUUCAGUAGAAGAUUCUUUUAAACCUUUACAAGUUGGAAUUACUAAUCCAACAGCAUCACAACAAGCAUCUGGAAAUGUUUCACCUAAUCUUGUUGACGAUCGACAACGUGGAGGUCGACCAACAUCAUAUGAUCAACGAGAUAAUUCAACAGGAGCUUUACCAAGCCCUGGUACAGCAGCUGGAGCAAGUAAUCGUGGUGAUACAACAUCUUCGCAACCAUCACGAUCAAAUCAAACAAUUCAAAAUAUUACAAAUGCUGUACCCAUUGUAGCUGGUCAAGGAUCAUCUCCACGAAGUGACUAUGAUCAAGGAACCUCUCAAAAUACUCCAUCAACUCAAUCAGAUGCUCGUUUAGGCGUUACCAAAGCGAUGAGUGUUCCGAGUAAACCUCCCAAAAGCAAUGUACUUACGGCUGUCUAUAGUGAUUCAGAUGAUGACGAUUUGUCUGAUAUAUCAGAAAGAUCACGGGAAGAAGAUAUAUCUGAUCCGGUUAUUCACAAAAAUUUACCAUCUCAUGCUACUACGACUGGAGCUACAGAUAACAAAAUAAACCAAUUAUCUGCUGAUUUAUCCAAAGAAAUUAUAAAAUCAGGUCUUCAUUCUCCAGAAAUUUCAUCCAGAGCUUCAGCAUUAGGUCUUCGUACAUCAGAAACGUCACCUAAUUCAACAAAUCAAAAUUCAAAUUUUAAUAAAGAUCUGAACGAGAAACAAGGACUGACUUCAGUAAAUCCAAAUGCUAAUCAACAAUCAACGACAUCGCCAGCAAAUGUUAAAACAAGUGGAGAUGGUCGUACUUUAGAAAGAUCUGAUAGUGAUGAUACUAUAUCUGAUAUACCACCGAUCGGAUCAUUAACAAAUCCACAACAGAGUGUACAAGCUCGUUGUCUUGAAAAAUUUGCUAGUAAUGAAUCUCUAUCGGAAGCCGGUAAACAGAAUAUCGUUGCAUCACCAGAUAUGAGAACAAAUGUUCAAGCUCGACGUCUUCAAAAAUUUGCCAGUGAUGAUUCUAUAUCAGAGGCUGGUAAACAACCAACUUCAUCAGCAAGAGAUAUGAAACCGAUUGUACAAGCUCGUCGUCUUGAACAAUAUGCUAGUGAUGAUUCUAUAUCGGAGAGUGAAGUACCACCAAUCGGAUCAUUAACGAAUACCCAAUCGAAUGUACAAGCCCGACGUCUUGAGAAAUAUGCUAGUGAUGAUUCUAUAUCGGAGGCUGGUAGACAACCGACUGUAAAAGCUCGUCGUCUUGAGAAAACCGAUAGUGAUGAUUCUGUAUCGACUACUAGUAUACCGCCAAUCGCUUCAUUAACGAAUAAUCAACCGAAUGUACAAGCUCGUCGUCUUGAUAAAUCUGAUAGUGACGAUAAUAUUUCAGGUGCUGAAUCUCAAGCAACAAAACAAUCUGCUGCCGAUACAUUUUAUUCACCUGUUGAAUCAGUCGAUGAUGCAACUGAUACUGAAGAACAACCAGCAGAUAGUUGGCAUCAACGUGUAAAAAAGGAAAUCAAUCAAAUUAGAACUCCGGAUAAUAAACAAACUCUGUCUCAAGCAAGAACACAAGAUGAAAGUGAUGAUGAUGACGAUAGAAGUUCUUCUGAAGAAUCUGAAAGUCAGAAAACACCAUUACCAAGAGGAAAAAUGGCGUUCGCUACAUUACCACUAUCCGAAUUAAAAGAUUAUGGUUAUGAUUUACAUGAUAUACAAUUAAUGCAACCAACUGAAACAAGUCCAGUUGGUCUAAAAUUAACUAAGCAACAUGAUCCAUUACAAUAUAUUAUAACAGCUGUUGCUAAAGGAACAAAAGCAGAUUUAGCUGGUCUUAAAGUUAAUGAUUGGCUUAUUAAAGUUGAAGAUAAAGAUGUACGUUUAGUUGAAUUUGCUGAAGUUUCACAAGAUAUUCGGCAAUUAUUAACUAAUGCUGGUUUAAUUAAUAUGGUUGUAGCAAGAAAGAAAUCACCAACAUCAUCACCAACAAUUAAACCAACUGAACAACUACGAUCACCAUUACCAUCAACAGUAUCAAAACCAGAAUCAAUUAGUCGUCAACAAGGAGGUCAAAUUCCAGCAUCAUUAUUAACAACCGAUAUUACACGCGAUACACCUGAUAAUAAUCAAGUUCGUUUUAUACCUGAUAAAUCUCAACAUUCACCACCAACACAUUCUCCACGUUCACCAGUUUCAACACAUGUUAACGCACCUGGUGGUCCAUUAUCAGUUGGCAUAACAAAUCCAAUAUCGGAUGAAAAUCAAACAAGAUCUCCACGUUCACAAAGUCAAUCGCCACGUCAUUCACCAACACGUGCAUUUACUGUUAAUCGACAACAAGAAGCAUCAUUAACUGAUGAACCAGCAUCCGAUGAAAUUGAUCCAAAUGAUAUUCGUAAAAUUGAAUUAAAAGAAGCAUUAGGAUUAGAUUUUAAUUCAUUUAUACCUGAAGGUGAUAGUAAAAUUCAAACACAUUUUAUUAGUAAUGUUCAACCAUCAUCAAUGGCUGAUAAAGCUGGUUUACGUGAUGGAGAUCGUAUAUUAACAGUUAACGGUUAUGAUGUUAAAAAUGCUAUACAUGAAGAUGUUCGUCGUAUGAUGCAAGGAAAAAAACCAUUACAAUUAACAGUUGUCAAUGAUCCAAAAUAUUUAGAAUUAAUUGAAAAUGUCAAACGUAAUCAACCUAAAGGAGAAGGUACAGAAGAUAGUAAUAAUACUUUACCACCCGAUUAUGAAACAGUAGAGCAAGAAAAAUCGGGUGGUGGUGUGAGUGAUGUAACUAGUCGUAAUCGUUCAAUAGGAAAAAGUGUUACUAGUGAUUCAGGUAGUGAUUCAAAUGUCGUACGUUCAAAACCCGGAUCACCAAAAUCAAUCAAUGAUGAUCUAUCAAAAGAUUCUAAUGCUUUAUUUGUUGAUGAUAAAGGUCCCGUUCAAGGAAAACAUUGUAUUUUAAAAAAAGAUCCAAGUUAUAAUGGUUACGGUCUUUUAUUACGUUAUCAAAAUGGUCUUCAUUUAAUAGAUCAAGUUGAAGAAAACUCUCCAGCUUAUAAUUGUGGUUUACGUGAAGAUGAUGUCAUUAUAUUUGUUGAUAAACGAAAUGUUGAACAAAUGACACAUGAUGACGUUAAAAUACUUAUUCGAAAAUUAUCAUUAUCAAAUACAAAUAUUGAUUUAAUAUUAUUGAGAAAAAAUGAUAUGGCACGAUAUAAAACUUAUCAAGAAAAAAAUACUGUCAAUUGGCAACCACUUCUUCAAGAUAAACUUUAUCAUGAAAUACAACAAACUGAACAACACGAUACUGAUAAUAGUCGUUCAAUAGAUGAUCCAGUAAGUGUUCCACGUAAACAAUCAGUAACAUCAUCAUCAGGUAAACAACAAGCACCAGCUCCACCAACAUCAUCAGCUACUACACGUGUUUGUACUUUAUAUCCAUCUGCUGAACGUACGGCAGGCUUUGCACUUAGUGGUAAAGCUCCUCCUCCAUAUGUUAUUUGUCAAAUUGAAAAAAAUUCUCCUGCUGAAAAAGCUGGUUUACUUAUUAAUGAUACACUUUUAUCAAUAAAUGGAAAAUCAGUUACUGAUAUAAGUUACGAAGAAACAGUUAAAUUAAUUAAAGAAGCACUUCAACAAAAAAGUGUUGAACUUGUUGUUCGAGAUCAAGCCAACGAUAAUAAACAAGAUCAAAAAAAUAUUAAAGUCGAACGUCAAUCAACAACGAGUGAUCAAAGAUAUAAUUCUAUGGGAAGUAGUGAUAGCAAUGCUUUAGGAAAUCUUGGUAAUACUGGAGGAGGAGAAGCAGGUGGUCGAGAUGCCAAUACAGUCGAACAAUAUCAAAAACAGCGAAAUAAAGAAUUAUCAUAUACGUUACGUCUUUGUCAUUUACAUCCAACUAAUGGUGAUGGUACACAAGCAGCAACAUUUGGUUUUGAAUUAAGUGAAGAACCUGAUUAUGAAUAUCCAUUAAUAUUACGUGUUAAACCACAAUCACCAGCUGAAGGUGCUGGUUUACAAUCACGUGAUAUAUUAUUAAAAAUUAAUGAACGUAAAACCAAAGGUUUAGGUUAUGAAAAAGCUAAAAAAGAAAUUGAAAAAGCUAAACGUGAUGGUCGAUUGGAAAUGCUUGUUGUCGAUCAAGAAACAUUUGAUUAUUGUAAACGUUCAAAGAAACCAUUGAAAGAACCUGAAAUGAAAGUGAAACAUAUUUUUCCAAAAAGUAGGUCAUCAGCAAGUUUUCAUAAAUUACCUGUUGCUGGAGCAACAUCUUCAUCACUUUCAUCACGAGAAGAUAGUGGAGAACAGUUAAGUAAUAGUAUUACUAAACAAGAUGAUAAUAAUCCAUAUUCUCAUCGUACAUCGGAUGCUUAUCGUCUUUCGGUAUCAAAAGAAACGGAUUCUGAGAAUGAAGAUGAAAAACCAAAUUUAUCGCGAGAAAAAUCAUCUCCUGAAAUUUCAUCACAACCUAAAACUGCACGCAAUUCAGAAGCACCAGUUAAGUUUGAUUUAACUACACCAACGAAUGUUACUACUGAUCAGCAUCAUCAUAAUGAACAACCUUUGAAAUUUCGUAAUCGUGAUGAAGUUACAGCACAACGCACAAGUGAUUCUUCAGCUACAAGUCAAAAUGCACCUAAUUUAUCACGAUCAGCAACAUCACUACAACAGAAAUCUGCUAAAGAUUCAAAAGGAUCAAAAGCAAAAGCUAUACCACAUGCAAUUAAUAAUUUAUUUCACAGAAUUGGACAUUCAAAAUCAUCAAAACCUGAUUAUGAUACUUCAAUAAGACCAACGGUUAGUUCAAAGGGACGUGCACCUUCGCCACCAUCAUCUCGUAUUGAACAUAAUCAUUUUGAUUCACCAUAUGUAUCACAAUCACUCGAUACAGUUAUCAAUAAUCCAAAUACUACUGUACCUGCUUCAUCUAUUCAAGAUACAGUACGUUCAACAGUAUCAACUGGAUCAUUUGAUUAUUUGAGAGGUCCUCGCCGAUGUGUACUCAAAGUAGAUCGUAAUAAAGGUCUUGGAUUUGUUCUUAGUGCCACCGGUGAUUUUGAUCAUACAAUUACUGCUGUUGAAAAAUAUUCAGCAGCUGAUGCAGCUGGUUUACAAAUUAACGAUGAAGUCUUGGAAGUCGAUGGUGUAGAUGUACGAACUGUUAAAUAUGAACAAGUAGUUGAAAUGCUCGUAUCUGCAAUGCGAACAAAUGAUACUAUUGACAUGCGUGUUAUUGAUGGUCGUUCUCGUGAUGUUUAUCCAUCGACAACUGAUGUUGAUAAACAAACAAAUACAAAUCAUAUAUUAAAUAGCAAUAAUAAUAAUAAUAAUACAAUAACAGGAUCAACGACUCAUUCACAACGUACAACAGCUGUUUUAGGUGAUGAUAUAUCUGAUAUAAACAGUUCAAUUAGUCCAUUUGAUAGUCUUAAUCAACAAAAAAUUGCUACAAGUUAUCCAAAUUUACCUGGCCAAUUAAAACAUUUUGAUAAUUUUACCAGUCGUGCACUUAGUGGAAGUGUACCUGCACUUGCUACUGGAAUUACAGCUUCGCCAGGUGCUCUUCAUCAUGCAAAAAGUAUUUCAACUUCAUCUGAAAAAGGUUCAAUAACUAGAUUAUCAGAUAUUUCAUCACAAGAUGCACCUGUUGCACGUCUUUGUCGUGUUCGAAAAUUUGCAUCAUCGCCAUUCUAUGGUUUCUUCUUAUGUGGUGAUCCAAAAAAACUCGGUCGAGUAUUUAUUUCCGAUGUAACAAAACAUUCACCAGCAGCUGUUUGUGGUUUACGUGAUGGUGAUCGAAUUAUUGAAAUAAAUGGUUUAACUAUUCAUACAUUAACUUAUGAAACAAUCUUAGAUAAAAUCAAACAACAUAUGGCACGUGAUGAUCUUGAAUUACUUGUACUUGAUAAAAAAUCUGUGCAUUGGUAUCGUGAAAGAAAUUAUCCAAUAACAUCACGAACAUUACCAACAAUUGUUCAUAUUGAACCAAUUAUUAAUGAUACAACUUCAGACAUACAAUCAUCAUCAGAACUACCGUCUACACAUACGAAAAUGGUUGGAUUUGCAGAUCGACGAGUAUCGAAAACGGGUCUUUAA